GCUUCUUGAUAAGUGAAGUGAGAGCUUAGUUUCUGACAAAAAAUGUGUUGACAUCAAACUGGAUCCUUUUACAGCGAUAACAUGAUGCAGAUGCACACUUGAUUUCUGCAGCAGUCCUGAGGUUUUUGCUUUAAUUAUUGCUGCCAUGCAGUCAGUGAGACGCCUACCUACUCUGAUUACCUCGUUGUCCAUAUUGAUCUCGUUGUGUCCGCUACUUUCAGCAGCCAACUCUGGCAAAAGCAGUCUGUGGGGAAACAAGUUGGAGUUUAAAGGCCCGCCGUGUCUCUGGCAGCUCCAUCCGGAAGUGAGGGUCCCGGCUCUGACUGAGCUGAGCGUCUGCAUCCUUUUAAGACGCACUGUUUCAGCAGAAUGGACAGGCUUCCUUUACCGAUCCGCGAGCACCAAAAAGAAAGAGCUGGGACUUGGAGGCAAUUCUGAACAGCUGAAAGUUUGGCUUUUUGAGAAACAGUACCUGAUACGUCAGAAACUCAAAGCGAAUGAAUGGCAUUCCAUCUGUCUCACUUGGUCUGCUAAAAAGCAAAAGCUGAAGGUGUACCUAAAUGGAACCAUCCUGAAAGAGGAACCUCUUUUUACAGCCGACCCACACCAGCAACUGGCACAAAAUGGCACUCUCACUCUGGGGGUGUCUCAUGUUGUUCACCCUACUGGUGGAGUGCAGCCGGAGAGCGGUAACGACCUGCUCGGCGAGAUAGGUCUGUUCAGGAUGUGGGGGAAGGAGUGGAGCGCUGAGGAGCUGAGCAGCCUGGGAUGCGUGGAAGGGGACGUGGUGAGGUGGGAUGUGCAGCAGUGGAAAUAUGACUGCCCUCCUCUGCCCGACAACAAUCUACAUUGCAACUGGUCUAAUUACAAAAUCCAUAUGUGGACAUCCAUCACUGACCUUACAAACCCUGAAAACUGCUCACUCUCUCUGCAAGGAAUCACAAGGAACUGGCUUUCGAGAAUUUUUCCAAAUAACAUUUCUGUCCAAGACAUUAUCGUUUCAUCUCAAAGGCCAACAUGCCAUGUGAAUCACCAGCAGAAUUUGGCAGAAAAAUCUAACUUAACCUGUGUGAAAUGUUUCCACUGUGAGGUCCAUGUGAGUGUGGAUCCUGCUGCCGAUGUCAAAACGGUUCAGACGGAUAUUUCUGCUUUAUUGAGCGAGAAGUUCUCUUACAACUUCCUCGCCAUCGAAGCUGUCCACGACAGCAUCAGCGUACUUCCUGCUGGAAUUUUUGCACAGGUAACAGGACCUCCACCAACUCUUACAACCUUAUUAACCACUUCAGAAAGAGGUCUGACGAGGAGCGCACCACUUCAGCCUGCUAAUGUGUCAACAACAGGAGAACCUUUAGAUCUUACUGCUGUAGCAGUCAUGCCAGAUCAGUUUUUUCGAGUGAAUUUGACCUUAUUCAUAAGAGGGAACCCGUUACGACCAAAGGACACCAUUGAAAAAUGGCUGAAGCAACAGCUUGAGGUCAAUCGCACCAUGAUUGUGGUGAAUCUUGUCAUUCAUGAAGAUUUUGGCAGAAGCAUGAAAGAGUUCUCUGGCUUGAUGACUCCCUACAACAAACAGAAACAAUACUACUGCAACUUCCAUGUUCAGGAGUUUCGCAAAAACAACGUGACUGAUGUUGAAUUUUUGCUUUAUGUUGCCUUGACAUCAAAGUAUGAAAACGUCUCUUUUGCAAUCCAGUCAACGAAUCUAUCAGUCAACCACAUAGAGCCAAAAAACUGUUUAGAAGAGGAAGUCUCAUCAAUUUAUGGGCAAUACAUUUGGCCAGAAACAUUUCCACAAGCCAUCACAGAGAUGCGAUGCAGGAAACCAGACUCAAAUAAAGCCUACAGACUUUGUAAACUAGACAUUGAAACUGACAGGACCAGCUGGGCUGAUCCUAACAUGACAAACUGCGACAGGCUUGUAACAAUAUCAGACAUCAGCAACAUUACCGUCACACCUGGUAAUGCAGCUGAGGUUGUGGACAUAAUUCAGGACCUUGUAGAUGUUCAGCUCAGUAAUAACUCCCAGCUGUCUUCCUCUGAGCUGGGAUCGGUGGUGGAGAAGCUAGGGGAAGUGGUUGACGUCAGCGUCCUUGAGCCUGAAGUUGGCGGUGACAUUGUCAACAUCAUGUCCAAUAUCCUGCUUUCUGAAACUGACGUCACACCAGUGGCUGACAUUCUCCUUGAUCUGACAGACCAGAUCGGGAACAAUAUGGAAUUUCAAGGGGAAUCGGCAAAUAUCAAAGCUCCUGCAAUUGCUUUUUCCAUGAUCAAUGCCGACCCAGAUAACUUCAGUGGUCUCACCUUUGGUGUGUCCCUGUCCUCUACAAUGAACCCUGAGAUCUUUGUUAACCAAAGCUUUGUCAGCCAACCACAUGCAGAGGCAAACGCAACUAUUUCUUUGCCCUCUGAGCUCACCAACUUUUUUCCACCUGGAGUAAGAAACACAACACGAGUACAGUUUCAAUUUUAUGGAACACCUGACCUUUUUCAGGACCCCUACCUAACCAAUGAAACAGAGCGCAACUGGACACUAAACUCCCAUGUAGUAUCUGCCAGUGUUAAUAGGAGCCAAGUCAUCAAUCUGAAGGAACGAGUGGUGGUCACCUUCACACAUCUAACACCCACAAACCCAGAGAACAAGGUGCGGUGUAUGUUCUGGGAUUUCCAGAAGUACGGCGACCUUGGUGGUUGGAACAGCAACGGCUGUGAAACCCAGAAUAUUUCUUCUCAUCAGACCAGCUGUCUUUGUGAUCACCUCACACAUUUUGCUGUCCUGCUGGAUGUAACCAGAUCCCAACUCAGUGAAACUGAUAUGGUGGUUCUCACAGUGAUCUCAUACAUCGGUUGUGGUGUCUCCUCCAUCUUUUUAGGAAUAACUUUACUCACCUACCUUAUUUUUGAGAAGCUGCGUCAGGACUAUCCAUCUAAGAUACUCAUCAACCUGUCCGCUGCACUGCUGGGUUUGAGCCUCCUCUUUCUCGUCGACACUUGGCUGUCAUCCUUCUCCAACUACGGCCUGUGCAUCACCACCGCUGCUUUCCUCCACUAUUUCCUCUUGGCCUCCUGCACCUGGAUGGGUCUGGAAGCCGUUCACAUGUACUUCGCACUGGUGAAGGUUUUCAACACCUACGUGCCCUCCUAUUUACUGAAGUUCUGCGCUGUCGGAUGGGGUAUUCCUUUGCUGAUAGUCAGCCUGGUGCUCGCCAUAGAUAAAGACGCCUAUGGAAGCGCUGUACCUGAACUAGCGGGAGUGGCGCUUCAAUCCACUAAAGAGUUCUGCUGGCUGCAGAAUAAACAUUUCUACUAUGUCACGGUGGUGGCGUUUGUGCUCCUCGUCUUCUUGGGCAACAUGACCGUGUUCGUCGUGGUUCUGGUCCAGAUCAAACGAAUGAGAGCCAACAAGCCGUUGGCCAACAGCCGCAGCGCCAUGCAGGACUUCAGAGCAGUCGUUGGCCUCACUGUCCUGUUGGGCCUGACGUGGUCAAUGGGCUUCUUUUCAUUCGGGCCAGGACGAGUUGUCAUGAUGUACUUGUUUGCAAUCUGCAAUUCCUUCCAAGGGUUUUUUAUUUUUCUGUUCCACUGUUUGAUGAAGGAAAAUGUGAGAAAGCAGUGGAGAGCCUAUUUGUGCUGUGGACGUUUCAGGGUCAAUGAAAACUCAGACUGGAGCCGCUCUGUAACAGCGGAUCGGCGUAAGAAAGAAGGCAACCUCGUCAACUCCGACUCGCUUCCUUCUGACAACACCUCCUCCAUCAAGUCUCUGACUCCAAACCACAAUCCCCGGCACAUUCACACAGCUAGGUGGCAGGAGUGAGUCUCUGAACGAGCAAAGACAAGAAUCAUCAAUUCAGUCUGUGAUGAGCAGGGAGAGAUCACAAAAAGCACAUUUCUAGGGUGAUACUCAGGUUUUUUUUUUAUUAACUUUUUCACCUUAAAGUAUUGUCAUAUACGGGAAGUAAACACUCAAAUCAACUGCAGGGUCAGUUCAAAGGAACUGAAAAUCCUUCACAUCUGGUGGAGAAUACUAAUUGUCAAAUUGUCUUAAAGCUACGGUGCACUUUCAAGGAUUUCAGCGGUUUUCACCAAACCAAGACGAAUAUUUACAUAUUGUUACAUAUGUCAACUUUGCUAUCUAUUUCACAAAAACUGCUGAUCAUGUUUGGUUUUUACCUCUUUAUGUUUCCUCUACAGACAAGUAUCUGGUUUUAAUUUGAAUUAAAAACAUGUUUAUUGAUUUGACUGUCUUUACUGAGAACUAAUAAGCUAAUCAGAAUCAGUCUGACUUUUUUUAUCUGUAUUUACAUAUUAUUUUUUUGAUGGUGAGACAAAUUGUGACAAUUUAAAUACAUACCAUAAAUUAAUUGAAACAGCAUAAUUUUUUUACAAGAUACAUUGUGUAAUUUAUUAAUGGAAUAAAAAAGUUUUUAUGCUCAUCUUUUGUUUCACUUG